AUGGCGGAUUGCAAGCAGACUUUUUCGCGUAAAGGAUUGACUGUAGAUGAAAUUUUGAGCCUUUUGGAGAGAGAUGAUGGAAAUAUUAACAAUGAAAAUUUUAUUUACGUAGAGCUACUAAUCGAACUUGAAGACCAAGCCACAGAUGAGGACAGUGAUAAAUCGGAUGAGGAGCACGAUGCUAAUUUGAACCAAAUAGGAUGUAAGUUAUUGCGAACUAAAAGCGAACUCCGUCGUUUUCACACAAAUAGGGGAUCUAAUCAAGAUCAGAUAACAAUGUACGGUCGCAACCAAUUUCGAAAACAUGACAAUGACAACUGCCACGCGGUGAUCACACGUGAAUAAAGCAAAAAUUGCACUCCCCCAACCGUCUUUAGUUUCUAAAUAUUAUAUAAUAAGUAUAUGGGUGGAGUGGAUAAAUGCGAUCAGGCGAUUGCAAAUUUGCGUACAAGGAUGCGGAUAAGGAAAUGGU